CCGGGCAGACGGUGCGCUGGCUGGCGGACCGUGCUGACAGUGCUGCGUGGGAUUCCUGCCACCCUCGUGCGCCCCGACGGAGCUUGCCGGUCAGUCAGAGGGAGUGCGGCGGCCGUGAGAUGUUGGCGCUGCUGGCCGCCGGCCUGGCGUUCGCCGUGGCCGCCGGGGCCCAGGACGGCGCGGUGCCCGGCGGUCGCUUCGUGUGCACAGUGCUGCCCCCUGAGGCGGCGCGCGCCGGCUGCCCGCUGUCCGCGAUGCCCAUGCAGGGCGGCGCGCUGAGCCCCGAGGACGAGCUGCGGGCCGCGGUGCUGCAGCUGCGCGAGACCGUCGUGCAGCAGAAGGAGACGCUGGGCUCGCAGCGCGAGGCCAUCCGCGAGCUGACGGGCAAGCUGGCGCGCUGCGAGGGGCUGGCGGCCGGCAAGGCGCCGGGCAGGGCGGGCAAGAACACCAUGGGAGACCUGCCGCGGGACCCGGGCCACGUCGUGGAGCAGCUCAGCCGCUCGCUGCAGACGCUCAAAGACCGCCUGGAGAGCCUCGAGCACCAGCUGCGGGCCAACGGGUCAGCCCCCAAUGCUGUGGUCCCCAGCGACUUUCGGGAGGUGCUCCAGCAGCGGCUGGGGGAGCUGGAGAGGCAGCUGCUGCGCAAGGUGGCUGAGCUGGAGGACGAGAAGUCCCUGCUGCACAACGAGACAUCGGCCCAUAGGCUCAAGACGGAGAGCACCCUGAACACGCUGCUGCAGAGGGUGGCUGAGCUAGAGCGGGGUAACAGUGCAUUCAAGUCCCCGGACGCUUUCAAAGUGUCGCUUCCGCUCCGCACCAACUACCUGUACGGCAAGAUCAAGAAGACACUGCCCGAGUUGUACGCCUUCACCAUCUGCCUGUGGCUGCGCUCCAGCGCCUCACCCGGCAUCGGCACCCCCUUCUCCUACGCUGUACCCGGGCAGGCCAACGAGAUCGUGCUCAUCGAGUGGGGCAACAACCCCAUCGAGCUGCUCAUCAACGACAAGGUAGCCCAGCUGCCUCUGUUUGUCAGCGACGGCAAGUGGCACCACAUCUGCAUCACCUGGACCACACGGGAUGGCAUGUGGGAGGCCUUCCAGGAUGGGGAGAAGCUGGGCACUGGUGAGAACCUGGCCCCCUGGCACCCCAUCAAGCCGGGAGGCGUGCUGAUCCUCGGCCAGGAGCAGGACACGGUGGGGAGCAGGUUUGACGCCACACAGGCCUUCGUGGGGGAGCUGAGCCAGUUCAACGUGUGGGACCGAGUCCUGCGCGCCCAGGAGAUCCUGCACAUGGCCAACUGCUCCACCAACAUGGCGGGCAACAUCGUGCCCUGGGUGGACAACAACGUGGAUGUGUACGGGGGCGCCGCCAAAUGGCCCGUGGAGACGUGUGAGGAGCGCCUCCUGGACUUGUAGCUGCCUCCCUCCUCCUCCUCUGGGGGGGGGAGUGCAGCCUACAGGAAAUGCAGGGGGACCCCUGGCUCCCCCAUAAAUCAUGGACAUACCUCCUGCCAGAGAGCCCUGGGACUCCACCCCUGCCCACCAUCCCAAGGGACUCUGAGCCCCAGACUCUGACAGCAUCUGUCGCCAACUCGCUUGAUCCUUACUUUGUUUUGGGGGACAGGGUUAGACUCCUGGGGGAGGCAGAGAGACCCUGAGUAGCAGCUGGGCCAGCUGCUGAUGUCCUGUCAUGGGGUUGGGGGUCUUAGUCCCCGGCCCUGUCCAGAUCCCCUGUAAAUGCUAGCACCCCGCUUGCUAGGCCCCAUCUGCCUGCUCAGCUCCUCUGUGUCUUGUGUGCACCCUCUGUCCUUCCUGUACCCCCCAUUGGCAGUCUCCCAAUGUGUCAAGUGCUUCCUGCUGUCCACCCAGCACGCAGCAAAAACCCCACCCACCCACCCCUGUAGGUGGGCCCCCCUCUUGGUAUUCUUUAUGUUGUGACUUGUUCACCCCAAGAACUCUGGGACCAGAAGAGGGGCUGCUUUCUCCAAGGUGGAGGGGGCGUCAGGGGCCACAUGGGAUAGGGAAAGAGUCUUGCCUGCUGUCUCCCCUCCUUCCUUGCAGUUCCUGUGCCCUCCACCCCUGCUUUGAUGGAAUCACUGUUGGUUGUGACUUGUGAAAGGUGCCAAAAAUUCAGUCGCGACUUCCACGCCCAUUUGGCAUGGUUUUUAUAGUGGGAGGAAGGUCUGUGUCUUCAACAGCCACCCCAGACUCCCCCCUUCAGUGUCUGGCCCCACUGUGAGGGCUGUGCCAGCCAUCCAUCUGUGUUGAUCUCCUGUGACCUCUCCAUCCAGCACUCCACCCCCACUUCUGCUGAAGACCAGCAUCUCUGGCUGGGGUUGGCUUGGUGCCUCCAGGCCUUCCUUCAUCUGUUGGACAGAGGGCAUGCUUUCUCUUUAGGAAGAAGGAGACAUUUAUAAAAGCUAAAGAUCAAUUUUAUUUUUCAUACGUGUCCCAAGUGCAGACCUAUGGACGUUCCAUUUGUAGGACCCAGUGGAAACAUACCCAUCCUGACAUUGACAUUGUCUGCUAUUGAGCUUGAGCCGAGGGAAUGUUGAUUAAAGUGCACUGGAGGAUG